ACUCUUUGACUUUGCAAAGACACAUUUUAUAUAUAUUUUUUUUAACAACAGGGUGAUGGAACCAGGCGCUAGAAUCCAGGCACUUUAUUAUCGCUCUGUACGCGUUAUUACUGUCAGCGCAUGCAUUUGUUAUAAUAAAAUAAGUUCACUGAGGCAGAUAUAGAGUAGAACCAUCAACUUUUCAAGAAUUGUGGCAUGACUUCAUCUGCUGUCAUGGAAGAUAUGAACUGGACUUUAAAGAAGUAUGUCAAGCUCAUGAUGAAGAGCACUACCCAGGCAGUAGCAUUAUGGGGAAACCAGGCCCCUGCUCACAGUAUUACAGCAAUGAUGAUAACAGAUGAUCAGAAGACAAUCGUCACUGGAAGUCUGGAGGGUCAAAUAUGUCUUUGGCAUUUGUCAAUGGACAUGAAGGUUACGUCCAAAGCCAUUCUAUUUGGCCAUACUGCUGCUAUAACCUGCUUAGCAAAGGCUCGAGAUUUUGAAAAACAACCUUAUGUGGUUAGUGGAUCAGAAAAUGGAGAAAUGUGUGUAUGGAACGUCAACACUGGCCACUGCAUUGAGAAUGCAAAGCAGCCAUAUAGGCACACGGCGAUUUAUUACUACCACUGUUCAUUCCGAAUGACUGGGGAAGGCUGGUUGCUCUGCUGUGGUCACUAUCAAGACAUUCUCAUUGUUGAUGCAAAGACCUUACAAGUCCUUUAUACUUUCAAGUCGCAGUGUUCAGACUGGAUUUGUUGCAUGUGCAUUGUGCACUCCACCAGAAUUCAAGAAGAUUCAUUGGUUGCAAUCUCUGCUUCUGGAGAGCUAAAAGUAUGGGAUCUCUCAUCAUCUGUUAACAGCAUACGGGAAAAGCUAAAUGUGUAUGAAACAGAAACAAAGAAUUUGGAGGUGGUGAAUUAUUGCGCUGUGCGAUUCUGCACGUACACAGAAAGGUUGCUGCUGGUGAUUUGCUCCAGUUCCUGGAAGGUUUAUGAUUACUGUGAUUUUUCCCUCCUCUGCUCUGAGGAUUGUAAGAGUGGGCAGACUUUUGCUGGGGGUGAGUUCCUAGCUGCUAACCGACUUAUCAUCUGGACACAGGAUGGGCACAGCUAUAUCUACCAGCUGCUGAACAGUGGCCUUUCUAAAAGUGUAUGUCCGGGUGAUGGAGGAUUACUUAAAGAAACAAUCACCCCUCACUUGCUGUGCUCCACAAUGAUGACAAAGGAGAUAUCUUCAUGUACUAUGGGUUUCAUGAAUGAAAGAAAGGAGCCAUUUUUCAAAAUACUGUAUUCUGGUGACUCGAAUGGGCAGCUCAAUUUCUGGCAUAUCCCUGAUGUUCCAGUAUCACAGUUUGAUGGCUCCCCAUUGGAGAUACCACUAAAGGUAAACGUGACACUUCAAGAAAUGUUUGACAAACAUAAAUCAAUGUCCCAAGGAAUCAUAGACCAUCUACGUACCCCCAGUGAAGGUGUAGCAUUUGCCACGGUCACUGCAUCCCUCUACAUUGCCAGCCUUGAUAAGCUGGUGUGUGGCUGUGAAGAUGGUAACAUUGUUAUCACAUUUGCUUUACAUGCUGCCAGAGCGAGGCUUCUCCAAGAUCAACCACUGCUAAAAGGUUCCUUGCCACAUAAGAUAUUUGCAGGCCAUGACAGCAGUGUGACAAGUUUACUGUACCCACAUGGACGGUCAGAGAAGUAUGAUCCAAGUUGGCUCAUUUCUGGGGAUCAGAAUUCAUCUAUAAUUUGGAGAGAUGUGUUCACAGGGGAAAUAUUUCACAACUUUCAACUGCAGUCUGGUGCGAUCCUGAAGUUGCUAGUGCCGCCUAAUGAUUACAAAGUGAAAUUGUUCCAGAGCAUAUACUGUAUAUGUAGUGACAAUUCCGUGGCCCUUCUGAACCUUCAGGAAAGAAUUUGCUUUUUCCAUGCUAGAAAACAUUUGUUUCCAGUCAAAUCUCUAAAAUGGCAUCCUGUGGAAGAAGUCCUAGUUGUUGGCUGUGAAGAUGGCGCAGUAUAUGUAUGGGAGAUUGAAUCAGGCACUUUAGAACGUCACGAAACAGGUGAGAUGGCAAAAGCUAUCCUUACAGCUUGUGAAGAUUUCAUUAUUGAUGACUUCAUGGUUACCCCUACUCAAGAGACACAGCGGCACAGUAGAACAACUUUCAAGUCAUCAAACUCUCACAAACUUGGAGCCCUGUCCCAUCAUCUAAUAAACCCUGAGAAGUCAUCAAAUAAAAAUAUGGACUGCAGCUACUCCUCCAUCCCUUUCACUGUCGUGCCGGUACGAUCUACAUAUAACAUCAGUCUACAUUUACUUCUGUUUGACCUGGAAAAAGUUUUAGAACUUUUACAGUGCUCUCAAGCCAAUGGGCUGAAGUCAGCAAAUUCUUUCCAUAGUUACGAUGCACUAAAAUCAGCUAAGAGUUCCUCUGAGAAAAGACCAUUGACACUGAAAAGAAAUAAAACUGCCGGAUCAUUGUAUCAGAUGGAUGGGCCAGCCUCUGAAUCUGCCAAUAAAGAAAAUUUUAGCCGGCAGCUUGAAGAAAGUAGCGGCAUCAAAAGACACAAGAAGUUCAAAAGCACCAAAAAAAACAAGAGCCAGUCUUCAGGAAAAAUAGAUGUUAACAUGGUAACUGAUGCUGCAAAACUCUUAUUGUCUUGUCUGUUACCUUGGGGUAUAGACAAAGAACUGGACAAUUUUUGCAUUAGGCACUUGGACGUUCUAAAGCUUCAAGGAUCAGUCACUUUCGGAGUGAUAUCAGGCAUAGAUCACUUGUGUUUGAUGUUACCUGGGUGGAAUCAGAUACACCACCAUAUGACUGGAGAACAAUCACAUAAUCUAUUGUCAAAGAAAGUGAUUGAACUCUCUGCAAAAUAUUCUCUGGCUGUACAGAAACAACACAGCAAAAAGGAGCAACUGGAGAGCUAUAUCACAAAUGCAAUAGGCCUUGAAACACUUCUACACUUCCUCAAAAAGUUAUUAUAUGUCAGUAAAUCACUGAGAGUGGAUUUGAUUUCGAGUUGUGGCAGUCAUUCUGGCAGUCAGGAGAAAAUGGAGUCUACUCGCGGAAAGUGGAAGAGCACAGAACAUUUUAAUUCUUCGUUUGCUGCUUUUUCGGACAUUUUGCAUGAUAAAAAUGGUUCCAGUUUUCCUGAUCCAGAAAACGUUUUCAUCAUGAAAAUAGUUUCUACAUGGAAGGAUCAAUCUAUACAGGUAACAGAGGCAAUGCAAGCGGUUUUACUAGCAGAAAUCAGAAAAUGGAUGGAUGCCUUCAGACAAUCUGUGGUUACAACUCAGCCUGUUUCUGUGGUGGAUAGCAGUUGCCCACAACAUCCAUUAAACAUGGAACCCUCUUACAAUUUUGAACAGUUGUUUCAAGAAACAUCAUUGCAAACGCUCGAUGCCUCAGCAAAAAGUGAAAAGGCUGUAAACUUUCAAGAGCCAGAAUCCAUCACAGAGAAGAGUGGUCUGGAGGACACAGAUAGUCCAGAUGAAAUUAAGCAGAACCCUUGGAUGUCCAAAGUCUGUUACUGCAAAGUGUGUUAGAAGUACCGUUACAAUACAGACUUAGUUUAUUAUAUGUAUGUUUGUAUGACAAAUUGAAAAUCUUUUCAUGUAUAAAACAAUGGAUCUUUUAUGUGAAAAUCAAGGUCAAACUAGAAUAAAUAAAUCAUUAAAAUAAUUCCAGGUGUUGUGUUUUCAGAUAUUUUUUAAAUAUAUGAAUGACAUUUAAAUAAAUUAGCAAAAGCAACCAUAAUGAUUAUUUAUUUUUAACAGUAAACCAUGCACACAAAGUCAUGGAACAGAAAGCACCAUAUACAAGAAGUGGUUCCAAAUAGCUGUAAUUUGACCACAUUUUACCAUCUAUAUUAUGUCUGCAAGACUUGGGAUUCACCAUUUACUCCCACAGUUCAGUUGAAUAUAACUUCUGCAUCUUCAGUGAUUCUGUAUGAUUUAAAUGCUAAAAACAUUAGUAUAACCUUAUAAACCUGAGCUUGAGCUGGAAAAAGAGAAGGUCUUCAUUCUGGAAAAAAAACUCAUGUUUAUUACUGCUCAUAUUUACAGUAUGUAUAAUAUAUGACAUUUUAUUUA